CUCCAAAGUGGCGGUGAGAACAAACGGUAUGGUUGCAGAGAUUCCUUAAUAUUUCUUCUCGAAAUACCCCUAGUUUUGUGCCAUUUACAAAUUUUGUCACUUUUGAUAUGUGAUGAAGUGAUCAGAAGAUUUCAAAGAUGAGCUCAUCAGCAUCAAAGGUUGCAGAGAUUUUUACGGCUGCUGGGGAAGCUUUCUCACAUUUGGGUGAGUUAACAAUGCAGCUGCAUCCACUGAAUAAUGAUACCUCCACGUCACCCUUGACAACAACUACAAGCAACAGUGGCAAGUGGGGAGAUGAAGAAAUUGAAAUGUUAAGAAGUGCAGUCAAGAGGUUUGGAGAUGACUUGAAGAAGAUCAGUGGGCAAGUGAAAAGCAAGUCUGUGGCACAAAUAAAAUCUGCAUUGAAGAGAAGGAUUCAUGAACAAGAAAAUUCCCCACUUAAUACACAGAAAGCAAAGAGUAAAACUUCUCAACAAGCAUCUUUGAGCAGUGAAUCCCAAAGCAAGAAGCGGAAAACAGAGCAAGGAUCAGUAAGUUCACAUGCUGAUCCAUUGUCAACGUUAUCAUCAGCUAUACCUAGCACCAUUGUUCCUGCGGUAGAUCUGCUGCCUGGAGGUUCUCCAUUAAAACCCAAUGGUGCCUCUGAUAAUGAUGUGGAUAUUGUUGGAAUAUUUAGUAGUGGUGAUCAGGAUGCUGUCUUUCCUGAAAUACCAGGAGCUUUAGGACCACUUGAAACCCAGAUUGCAGAUGAAAUUUUGUCUACAAUGUGAAUUGCUGGCACAUGUGUUUGUUUGCAUUUCUUCUUAGAAGAGAAAGGGAAGAGAAAUAAAGAAGGAAGAUAAAGGGAAAUGUUCAGUGAUACAUUUUUCUCCUUGGGAUACAAAAUGUGUACAGGAUAGAGCUAAAACAAGACAGUAUUCUUGUGAGACAACACACAUGGGGAGAGAUCUUGCUCUUUCACUUUCUAUCAGAUAGGAACUGUUAGGAAAAGUUUUUAUCAUGAACUUGGUGUGGUUGAUUUAACCUUGCUGAUUGAUGUAAUUUUAGGCACAUGUUGUAAUGGAUAUAAUUUAACCUAAUGACCAUACCUGUGUGACACCUGGAUAACUAUUUGUUAAGCUCUGGUUUUUUGAAGGAUGGAUAAUACAACCUUGUGAAAUCAUUCCCAUCCUGUUUAUAGAUAGUGUACAGUAGUAUAUAUACCGGUAACUUUGAAAUGAAGGCAAUGGCCAUUGAAAUUGAUGUGGCUACAAAACCUAGUUUUGGUGAAAAUGAGAAUGGGUGAAGGGAAUGCUAGAUCUUUACUUAUUGGGGGAAAAGAAAAAGGCAACUUAUGAUUUCCUAGCAGAGCUCUUCAGUAAGUUUCUUCAGGCUUGGCAUGGUCUGCAGCAGUAUGUGGUAGUAUGCAGUAGCACAGUAGUAUGUUUUGUUCUGUCUUUUUUGCUGAAUAGAGGUUAAUUAGUUGGACAUCUGUUGAAAAACUGAAGGUGGUUGGAUAACUAUCAACUGAUCAGUGCUAACAAAACAAACAGGGCAGGUAACCUCCCUCCCUCCCAAAUUUAUGGGGGUAUACAUGUAAGAGUAUGUCAAAAGACAAAGAGUGCAAAUUAACUUGAACUUUUAUUACUUCAUAAUUUAUUUCCUAAACUACUUGUAUCUGUUAAUUUAAAAAUAAUUCUCUUUUGUUUGUUAUGAGUUGAUACUUUGAUUUACAUUGUUUUCUUUAUGAUACAUUUUACUCUUCAUAUAAAAUAGGAAAUUAACACUAAAAUAACUACCUUGUAAAAUAACUUUUAAGAGAAGCUAAUAGAAAAUUUUUUCACCUACUGGUAAACAUGAAAAUCAUUUAUUGUUACAAGGGUGGUUUGUCACAGUCAUAAAUACUUUCUUUAUUUACAUCAUUUCAAUUACAUGUUGACAGAGUACCAUCACCUUAACAAAAUAACUAACUAGCAAGACACUAAGUAUAUGUGGUUAUAAUGAUGGUAAUGUUAUGUGAUAUCAAAAAGUUUCCUCUACAGACAUAAAUGAAGAGACUGCACUCACAGCUAAGUUGGUUUAUUGAAAGGUUUGUCAUAAAAAUCCCAAAAGUUAUCAUCAUUAUCCUCAUCUUGAAUGAUUUCUAUUGGUUUUGAAGGCACACUAUCUUCAUGUGCAACUUUUUUCUCAUCAACUGGCGUCUGCUUCUUUUGUGCCUUAGGUUUAGGGUUGGGUUUCUUUACCUUUGCUUGUGGUGGGGGCUCCUCAACCUUGGUGGUUACUUGUUUUGGUUCUUGGGGAGGCCAGUUUUCUUUAAUUAAAUUUGAUAGGUAUUAAAACAUAA